AGUGCACUAUUUAAAGGAAACCCCUCCGUUCUUCUCUUAUUUCCCGUUUCUUCGCUUCCGAAAUCUUCCAAAUCGUCGCGCCUUAGGGUUUCCUUUUUUUCCUCCCAAUUCCGAUUCCCCAACCGGAGACAAUGUCGUCGUCGAAGAAGAUCGUCCUCAAGAGUUCCGACGGCGAAACUUUCGAGGUCGAGGAAGCCGUGGCGGUCGAGUCGCAGACCAUCAAGCACAUGAUUGAGGACGAUUGCGCCGAUAAUGUCAUUCCCUUGCCCAAUGUUAACAGUGCCAUCCUCGCCAAGGUAAUUGAGUAUUGUAAGAAGCAUGUCGAGACUGAUGAUAAGGAUUCUAAAGCCGUCGAUGAUAGUCUCAAGACCUGGGAUGCUGAAUAUGUCAAGGUUGAUCAGAAUACCCUAUUUGAUCUCAUCCUGGCAGCUAAUUAUUUGAACAUCAAGGGCCUGCUGGAUCUGACCUGCCAGACCGUGGCCGACAUGAUCAAGGGAAAGACUCCAGAGGAAAUUCGAAAGACAUUCAAUAUCAAGAAUGAUUUCACUCCAGAGGAGGAAGAGGAGGUUCGAAGGGAGAAUCAAUGGGCCUUUGAGUGAAGUCUGAAGAUUGAUUUAAUUAACUGGUUUAGUAGUAAUGUCUAUACAGUUUAGGGACUUGGCGUUUUAGUUUUUGGGAUACUUAUUUAGGCUUCCAUCUCUCUGUUUUUCUAUUCCCUUUUCUUGAGAAUUUAUCUUAGAUUAAUAUAUAGUCUUUCUAAAAUCUAAUGACAAAAGAGGAUUGCAUAUAUAAAGUUUCUUGAAUCA